AUGAAUACGUUGAACAAUUAUGAUAUUAAGAAUAAAUUAUUUGCACUUACCAUGGAUAAUACCACAACAAAUAAAGCAGUUACACAAUUGCUCCAAAGAGAGUUGCCUAAUGUUAACAUAAUAUUUAUAGGAUCAAUUAAAGAAAUGUGUCUAAAAGAACCAUCAAUGCCACCUUGUUUAAAAACAGAGGAAUUGGCUGAACUUGAAUCAAUUUGUCAAAUUCUCAAACCAUUUGAAGAUGCCACAGCAGUCCUCUCUAAGGAUCAAUCAAAUCCAAUUUCAGAUGAUUUGACAGUAAUAUUAGAAAUUAAACAGCAUAUCAGCAAAGCUAGGAAUGUAAUAGCAGAUCACAUUUUAAUUGCACAUGUUCUUGAUCCAAGAUAUAAGAUGAAAUAUUUGAGGGCAACUAUUAUUGAUGUUGAAGAAUAUACUGAAAAUGAAGCAAAUCAAUAUGUUAAUAGUGUUCAUGAAAAAAUAAUUUUAUAUAGGACAAGAUAUUCAAUAUCACUCUCAAUCACUUUAACUACAAUAGUUAAUAAUGUUAAAACAUUUAGUGAAUCAUAA